AUGACCAAACUAGAAUGCAAUGAGAAAGAAAUUGCUCAAAAAUGUGGAAUAACCCUUGAUAUCCUUAGGAAAUUGAAAAAACAAACGUUAGAUGCAAAAAAUAAAUCUUAUUCACCAUAUUCUCAUUUCAAGGUAGGUUGUUGUUUAUUAAUCACUAGUAAUGAUACUGAUGAUACAAAUAAUGCAACAGCGUUCCUGCAAGGUACCAAUGUAGAAAAUGCAUCAUAUGGUAAUGCAAUAUGUGCAGAGAGGUCUGCUAUAGUAUCUGCAAUAUCACAAGGUUAUAGUAAAUCCAAUGGCUACAAAUUUAAAUGUAUCGCUAUAGUAGCUGAUACUACUGAGAAUGAUUUUAUAACGCCUUGUGGUAUAUGUAGACAAGUAAUUAGAGAGUUUUGUAACGACACGACUAAGAUAAUAAUGUUUAAUUAUGAUUGUACCAUUUGUUGUUUGAAAACCAUUAAUGACUUGUUACCAUUAAGCUUUGGUCCCGAAUAUCUAUGA